CUUUACAUCCGGUAGUAGAGAAUGACUUAAAGGGAGAUUUCUAAUUCAAUGCAAGUCUUAUUGUUGUUUUUCCUCUUUUCGUCUCAGUCCGGGAUCUUGUCCGACAUCUUCACCGCAACUUGAAACCCGCAAUGGACGAACAGCAGCCGGAGGAAAUACGCGUUUCCCCUGCAAGCUAACAAGCUAGUUAGCUUUAGCCCCCUCACACACACACACAGAGCUGUCAGUAGAUGCUAAUAAACACAGCUAGCAGAUAUUAGCUAGCGCUCACAGGGGAAAUGUAUUUCUUCUACACCAUCAUCGCUGCGCUGGUUUGUUUCUUCAUCUUGAAAUGGAUGAAGAGGAGGAGGAGCUGCACCGACCUGACGAGACUCGACGGGAAAACAGUUCUGAUCACAGGUGGGAACUCUGGUAUUGGAAAGGAGACGGCGGUGGCCUUGGCUCUGAGAGGCGCUCGGGUCAUCAUUGCUUGCAGAGACAUGGACAAGGCGGAGAAGGCUGUGAGAGAGAUCAAGUUUAAGAGCCGCAGUCUCAAUGUCCUGCACAUGGAGCUGGACCUGGGCAACCUGCGCUCGGUGCGGGAGUUCAGUAAGAGCUUCCUCCAGAGAGAGAAGAGGCUGGACAUCCUCAUCAAUAAUGCAGGGAUGCCCAGUGUCCUGGACUGGACAGACGACGGCUUCAGCAUGUGCUUCGGCGUCAACCACUUAGGUCACUUCCUGCUGACCAACCUGCUCCUGCCUCGUCUGAAGGAGUGCGCUCCCAGCCGAGUGAUCACCCUCACGUGCUCCACCUACAAAUACCAGAAGCUGGACUUUCAGGACCUCAACUACAACCUGCUGCCCUUCUUCACCUACUGCCGCAGCAAACUGGCCAACAUCUACUUCAGUCAGGAACUGGCCCGCAUCACAGAAGGGAAGGAAGUGACCUGUUGUGCUGUGCAUCCUGGCUUCGUGCAGAGCGGUUGGACGUGUCACUACUCCUUCCUGUUCCGGAUGCUGAUGCAGGUGAUCAUGUGGAUGUUCUUUGUGCCGUGUGAGAUCGGAGCUCAGACCGUCGUCCACUGCGCCGUGUCAGACGAAGCUGCCAAACUGAGCGGAGGCUACUUCGUGGACUGCCGGCCCUGCAGCCUGCGGCCGUUUGCUCGAGACGCUGGUGUGGCCAAAAAACUGUGGGAGGCCAGUGAGAGACUUGUGAAACUGGUCUGAGCAGGUUUGUUUUGUUGUGUGUUUUACUUAUACGUCAGUUUAUUUAUUUAUUUUUUAUAAUUGUUUCUGUUCUACAUGAUAAAGAUGUAAUGAUAUAUUAUUCCAUGAGGUGUAUUUUAAGUUUUUUUUCCAUCAAUACAACUUUUGAAUAAGCAUGAAUA